AUGAGGAACCAGGAGCUCACAACGCUCCACCUCUGUAGGAGGGGGGCCAAUGAGGAGGUAGGAGGGGGGUUGUCAACCAGCUCCAGGGCCAAUGAGGAGGUAGGAGGGGGUUGUCAACCAACUAACCGGCGAGGGCCAAUGAGGAGGUACGACUCUCUGGACAACCUUCCCUCUUCCACCACCCUGCUCUCUAACCCCCAACGCCCCCACUCCUCCCUGGGUUUCGCCGCCCCGUACCGUCCCCCCUCCUCCCGGCACAGCAUGAGUGUGGCCCUGGGGGGUUACUCCAACGGGACUCAGAAGCACAGCCCUACCUGGCCCCGCCCCUUCAGCACAUCUUCCCCCCCGGCCAACACCGGAGAGGAACCCGUCACCGGCGAAUCACGACCCGUCUCACAGCAGCACCACCGAGUGCUGACUUCUCGUCAGGUGUGUUCAGUGUGUGUGUGUCCUAUGGGCAGAGGGGCUGCCAUGGUCAUUGAGACCCUGAACCUCUGCUUCCACCUGGCCUGUUUUCAGUGUGUGGACUGCAGGUGCCGACUUGGAGGGUCAGAGGUCAGAGCCCAGAUCAGAAUCAGCAACGGGAAGCCUUACUGUGACCCCUGCUACAUCCGACUCAAGUCACACCUUGCCACUUCCCUGUGACCAGAAUGCAUUGCAGCAGAUUGAGGAAGAGACGACGACAACAACCUCAAACACGACGGUGGAGAUCUUGACUAUGACCUUGUGUUGACCAUGUAUUUAGAGCUGGGUUGAACUUUCUUUUAGGGAACAAUGUACCGAUUUAUACUAUUGGCUGUGACUCAAAUGGCGUCCUAUUCCCUACGUAGUGCACUACUACCCAUAGGGCUCUGGUCAAAAGUAGUGCACUACUACCCAUAGGGCUCUGGUCAAAAGUAGUGCACUAUGUAGGGAAUAGGUGGCCUUUUGGGACAUGUCUCAAAGAUGCAGUUUUGGUGUUCCUAGUUAAUGAACUACUGUACUUCUCCACAUACCCUAUGUCUCUGACUAAGAUGCAGUUUUGGUGUUCCUAGUUCAUGAACUACUGUACUUCUCCACAUACCCUAUGUCUCUGACUAAGAUGCAGUUUUGGUGUUCCUAGUUCAUGAACUACUGUACUUCUCCACAUACCCUAUGUCUCUGACUAAGAUGCAGUUUUGGUGUUCCUAGUUCAUGAACUACUGUACUUCUCCACAUACCCUAUGUCUCUGACUAAGAUGCAGUUUUGGUGUUCCUAGUUCAUGAACUACUGUACUUCUCCACAUACCCUAUGUCUCUGACUAAGAUGCAGUUUUGGUGUUCCUAGUUAAUGAACCACUGUACUUCUCCACAUACCCUAUGUCUCUGACUAAGAUGCAGUUUUGGUGUUCCUAGUUAAUGAACCACUGUACUUCUCCACAUACCCUAUGUCUCUGACUAAGAUGCAGUUUUGGUGUUCCUAGUUAAUGAACUACUGUACAUGUCCGUAGCUUUUAAUAUGCAAUCGAUGUCCACAAUAGACACGUGUAGUUAAGAGCUAUAGGGGAGUUUUAAGUCACAGUUGUACUUGGGAUUUGUUUUUUUCUUGUUGAUGAAGUAAAUAAAUGAGGCUCUAAUAAAUGAAUCUAAUAAAUGAGAGUGUAUUGGA